CACCAUCCCGCGCAUUCACUUUGUCGUCUGCUUUGCGACAAGUUGUGUCGUCUGCUGUGAGGAGAGCGAUAGUAGUCGGGAGAUACAGAAGACAUCUAGGAACCUGUUUGCCCGAAAACGUCAACAUGUCGAUUUUAAUGAACGCACAACACUUGAGGAAGAUUAGGCAGAGGGCGGAGAAUGUUAGAAGUAAAAAUCAAGCACAGCAAACACAGAAGAGCCGUCUCGAGAAGGAGAAGGAGAAGGAGAAGAACCACAACAAGAUGGAGAAGAACUGGACAUUCCACAUGGAGGGCGUGGUCUUCAACAUCCUCUUUCACAAAACCUCCUUGGCGGUAUCAUGUAAUGGCAUAGCGAUCCCGGCAGCUCACGAGUUCCAUGACGAAGGGGCCGUCAUCACAUUCACGCUCAACGACCACGUUGCACAGGUGAAGACGUCAAGCCACGCCAAGGAAGGCAUCGUAUUUACGAUGAAAAUUGAUGGACAAUACGUCCCUAGCACAGACGAUUACUGAGCUCGGCAUCCCGGGGCCUUUCCGCAUCGACACACAUCCGUCUCCUGUUUUUGUUAUUUUAAAUUUUAAGUGUUACCUAUCUUUCUUAUAAAGUUAUUCAGCGGCACAAUGUCUCCCGACAACGACAAAGGCACUGACGCGAUGGUUUCCAUGGCACCGUGACCAUAUUUAGAGCACUGGUGACGAAUGUGUCAACCUAGGAUCCGAUUUACGUUUUAUGACGACAAGACCAAACAAAUUUCUCUCUAAUUCAGAAGGGAUUCUAAAAUCCUUAAGAUACGCAAUCUAAAGCCCUAACAACUGAUGCGAUAAUAUUUUUUGCGUUUAAAAAUUUGGAUGGCCUGAUCUUAAAACGGUAAGAUAGUCCACUUUGUUGAUUCGCCAUGAUUAGGGGCAGAUCUGGGCAUCUUGUAACCCGAAUGUGGUAUAUAACGCCACAUCGUUAAAAUGUCAUGAUCGCAGUUUAGAGCCUCGUUUAUCCAGACCCCGAUUCUUUGGAAACAGCUUAGUUCAUUCGAUAGAUGGAUAACUACAUCGUUCUCAAACAUGACGUUCCUCCAGCCCGGAGACACGUUUAUCCAGACCACCAUGAUCGAAUGAUACGGAUGAACGAGGCUCUACUGCACCCAAGAGUGUACCGGGGACAUACGUUCAGUAAACAAAAUUAAUUGAAAAGUUUUGAAUUAAAAGAUGAAGUGAGGUGCUCACAGGGUCACUUGUGAUAUUUUGCAAAAUGAAACGAAAGGGGAGAAGCUGGCGUCGUUUAUUUUGAAUAUUUUCUAUGUUUUCAUGUGAUGUUGUCUUAUGGGAGAAUGUAACACUUAUCAAUACUGCUGAUAUAGCUUAGACAUAUUUAUGGAUGAAAUUUUUCUAUGUGAGCCCCGAACAAAUAAAUUAUUAACCCACUAUGGGCAAGAAAUGAUAUUUGGCGCAUUUUAAAGAAUAAAACAUGACAUGAUUUAAUAUUUGAACAGCCUGGCGAAUGUCACGUGUUGGAAUUGAAGGAUCCGACGAGCAUAUUGUCCCCAGCGUUGAGUGGUGUUAUGGUUUAUAUCAAAUUUUUAUAUGUUUUAAUUGGUCCAACACCUUUUUUUUCUAGCCACGCACCUGUUAACUUUGACAUAAACAAUACAACGAAAGAACUAUGGGUAAUCCUGUUGCAUUAAUACCUUCAUUCAGCAUACAUAGGUACAUUGCUGCACGUGCCUUUUUGUACUGCUUGAAAACAAGUAUCACAUGACCUUUUGAUAGUCUUUUUUAUUUAUUUGCAUGCAUUAGAUUCAGUAAAUAUGUAUGUUGAAAUUGAAAGAAAUUGGAUUGCAUAAUCUACAACACUAUAAUGGCACACAGUGUCAAGCAUUCGUAACCACUCGUGUCUUUCCGGAAAAGGUUACGGAAAGGGGCGAGUGGUGACGAAUGGGUAUCAAGAUGUCACAUAUGUUUGGAAACUUUGCCAACUGUACGUAUAGACCAUCAGAUGUGCAGUUGUACAUAUACAAGCCCAGGCGAUGUAUUUUUACAGUGUAGAACAGUUUUUUGUCAGAAAGUGUAACUGUUGUUCAUUUCUAUGUUAACGCUUUGGCGACACAUUUAGCCUUUUACAUAGUAAACACUUUUAUUUAACGGCCCACUCGGCAGCAAUUACUGAGAAACGUCCCGCUACGCUCAUCUUCGGCUUUCCAGUGCUAUCUCUUCGGCUAUCUCCGUGACAGAUAUCCUUGACCCAUCGCUAAUACCAUGGCUUCGUUUUCAGCCCGAUUCAAAUGACACGAUGCUAAGAAUAGCCGUCCAAUGAAAGGGGUAUAGUGCUAUCACGUGUCUGAGAAAAUCUGUGGAAGGUUGCUGAUAGUGGAGAGAGAAAUGUGACGUCAUUUUUCAAAAGAAGCUAUGGUAGCUAAUUUGUUAAGGGUAUGUAUCGUAAUAGAGUUGAAAUAUAGUACCCUUGAUAAUCGAAGAUGAGUUCACAUUUCCUUUGUAUUGAUUUUGUGAGUUUUGUGGUGCAGAUGUAGUAACGUGGUUCAUGGAGAUUAGUGAUAUAAACAGAUUUUUGGUCUAUUUUGAUGUAAAAUAUAUGAUCGGCCAAACACUUUUUUAAAGAUUGGAACGGUAACGAUUUUGAAA